AUGGGAUGCUUGUGAUCACGAAACAAAUGGGAACAAGAAGAAAGGCUUGUAUUGGACAGCGAAAACUGCUUAAAACUCAAUAAAAAACACUGUAAGAAAAUUGUAUCUGUUUUUCAUAGAAUGACUAAACUUUUUCACUUGAACUUAACUCAGUUUGAAUCAGCUCUACGAGAACUCAAAAUAGAGACUGACGAAGAAACAAUGAAGUUUUUCGAACUCUUUAAAGAAGACCCUAAUGAUUCAUAUUUCUUUAACAAUUUAGAAGUCAAGCCAAACCUAAAAGGCGAAGAAUAUUUAUACUCAGUCAAAAAAUUAAGCGUUCUAGCUAUCUUUUUUGGAAAAGGAAACACUGAAGAAAAGAUUAAUGCGCUAUUUAAUAUAUAUGAUAUUGAUCUUUCAAAAAGAUUGUCAUUGACUGAGCUGGGUGUAAUGCUGAAAGAUAUCGGAGAAAUAUCAUUGCACCAUCUUCCAAGAUUAGCGACUGUAAAAUACCCAAAUAAGAUGAGCGAAAUUAUGAAGUAUAGCAAAUGCUUAACUCCCCUCCUUCCAUGAGUGAACAAAACCAUUGGAACAAUCUAUUUUUUGCCAAAAAAUCCACUCUUCGUGAGUGAACAAAAAUUGUUUUAAUAGAAAAAAUUUUUUAUGAAAAAAAUUGAUAUAUAAGUGAUAAUUAUUAUAAUGAAAUCCCGAGCUAAUUCUGUUUAAUUUUAAACAAAUUACGUUUUAAAACAUAAAUUUUAUAAAUAAAAUUAAUAUUUGCUUCCCAAUUUUGCAAAUUAGGAUUUUUUUAAAAAAAACAAUUAAACCCCCUCCGUGAGUGAACAAAAUUUUUUUUCACUCACGGAGGGGCUGGAGUAAGCAAAAUGGAAGAAGGACUCAUAGAAUAUUUUAAAUACUUGAUUUGUGGGUUUCGAGUAAGAGAAAUAACCCUCCACGAGUUUGUCGAAGCUUUUGAACAAGACGAACUACAAAUUAUUUUGAAUGCAGCUGAAAUAAGAAAUUUUGCGAUAAGGGCAUAUGAAGAUGCAUUAAUCCAGAAAAUCGAGAGAAAAAAGGAAACUAAUCUAGACUCCGACGAUAUUCAAGAAAUUACUCUUGAGAGACGUCAUACCACUUGGAAUAAACGUAAAAUCCGCAAAAAAUUCAACAAGAAAAAAACAGCUGACGUCCAAGUUUAG